AUGGCGAACCCGACUGGACCUUUCCAUCUGGACGAUGUGCCUAACAGUGAGCAUCCCUCCGAAAUCACAAUGACAGAGGCACAGCAAGAUCGGGAAGAGCAGGUAGGACCGCGCAGAGGACGGUGCAAAUGGUUUAACGUCGUGAAAGGCUGGGGCUUCAUAACGCCGGACGACGGUGGACAGGAAGUGUUUGUGCAUCAGAGUGUCAUACAGAUGGGUGGGUUUCGUUCGCUCGGUGAAAACGAAGAAGUUGAGUUCGAGUCUAAGCUCACGUCGAAAGGAUACGAAGCGACCCGCGUCUAUGGACCCUCACAUGCGGAGUGCAAGGGAAGCGACUUUCGGCCAUACAGCAAAAAGCGAAGGUUCCGAAAAGUGAGGUGCUACAAUUGUGGGGAGUUUGCAAACCACAUAGCCUCCAAGUGUGCGUUAGGACCACUGCCAAAGCGCUGCCAUAAUUGUCGAAGCGAAGACCACCUAAUAGCGGACUGUCCGACGAAACCGCCCCCAAAAUGA